UUGGCAGGGGGAAGGUGAGACUGGCAGGGUAGAGCAGCGCUGGCUGGCAGUGGGCAGAGGAGGACAUAGAAGGGUGACUGCAGGGAAGAGCAGCACAGAGUGGCACUGGCAUCCCUGAAGCUGGCAUCGUGCAGGAUUACAGCCUAGCCUGUCCCCCCCUUGCCCUCCUCCUUCCAUGUCUAUGUGAGCCUGGUGGCUGCUCACUUGGCUGAACAGGGGAUGGAUGAGAUGAAGUCAGUCGCCGCCGACUCGUACCUGUCACUGGCUCAGAGCUACGGCCAGACCUUCUACGGAGCUCUCCGCGGUGCUGACGCUGCGCGCAAUUACGCAGCGCCUCCAGCCCUCGACUUCAACCCCAACUCCCGGGACAGCAGCGACGAGCAGACCGGGGACGACGACGACACCUACGAGUCGACCAAGGGCUCCGCUUCCUACGACAACGAAGGCAAGCUCAUUGGCAAGAAGCCCAAGGAGCCGAGGUCCCUGAGGCUGAGCAUCAACGCCAGAGAGAGGAGGAGGAUGCACGACCUGAACGAUGCCUUGGACGGGCUCCGAUCCGUCAUCCCCUAUGCCCACAGCCCUUCCGUCAGGAAACUCUCCAAAAUUGCCACCCUGCUCCUUGCCAAGAACUACAUUCUCAUGCAGGCCCAGGCUCUGGAGGAGAUGAGGAGGCUGGUGGCUUACCUGAACCAAGGACAGACAAUAACCAGCAACCUGAGCAGCACCCUGGCUCCUUUUGGACAGUCGUCUGUGUACCCUUACCCUGGCACCAACGUGCCAGCCUCUCCUGAGAAAUGCACAGCCUUCCCUGGUGCCACCUCGAGCCUUUGCAAGCACUGUACAGACAAACCUUGAUGGACCUUCUUCUUCUUCUCCUCCUGGCUGCCCAUCUUCAGGACUUUCUCUUUCUUUCUCUCUCUUGCCACCCACUUCUCAGGACUCAAAAACAUUCACCCUCUGCCUUGCUGGGAUCUGGGGGGUCAUGUACUG